UGGAGGAGGAGAAGCCGACCCACUCACAGCUGUUGAUCAGAGAGACAGACAGAGGGAAGAGAGCAGGAGAGGAAACUGAACACAGGGGGAAGCAGAGAGAGGAAGAGAGGCAGAGCGUUAACCAUGCGCACAUGAGAGUCGGAGACAGGAGAGAGAGAGGGGAGGGCAGCUGAGGGAGAAAAAAGGCUUAAUUAAUUCAGGGUGGAUGGGAGGGAUGUUGCUGCUGUCCCCGCCGAGGCUCCAGUGCCUCUGCUGUCGUGCUGCAUGAAGCCGAGUGUUUGUGUGAGCAGAGAGAGGACGACUCGGCUGCUGCUGCUGCUGCCGCCGCCUGCUCACUGGGAACCAGACACCAGUCCAGCCCAGCCACGACUCCACAUCCUGGAGCCCACUGACUGACUGACUGCCUGUCUGUCUGAUAGCUUCAGUAAAACAGGGAUGUUACAUGGACUACAGUGGGAGCAGCAAUGGCCAGAGGUCAGAGAAGGUGAAGACCUGCUGAGAAACCUCGUGACAUCUCCCAGUAGUUGGUUACUGUGACAGACAAUCAGCGUAUAUCCUCUUUGUUUUUGUACUUUGACAUUCAAAGGGACAAAAUCAACAUCUGGAGAACCUCAGCAAUACUCAACACACGACAGCAACGACUCUCCGCUGCAGCGAAACAUUUGAAGAACCUGCUCAAUCGAACAUCGCCGUCGUCUCUGCCUCCUCCACUAACGACUACACGUGGCCUCAGAUAUCUCAUCUCUCCACCUCCUGUGUGCUCACACGGUGCUUGUUGUAAAGAAGCGGAGAUGACAUCCCAAAACCUCUUCGCCUCAGCCUUGUUACACAACUUGACCCAAGGAUAACCAUCAGUCCCCCUGAGCGGCACUCGUGGACCAACGCACUCCCAGACGCAGAGCCCGGCCCCCUGGCUUCAGGCAGUAUGGGAGACGGGAGCUGGGUGUGCCUGAGCCCAGCUGAGUUCACACAGCUGCAGCAGUACAGCGAGUACUCCUCCAAGAAGCUGAAGGAUGUGCUGGAGGAGUUUCACGGCGAAGGAGUCCUCUCCAAAUACAACCCAGAGCAGAAGCAAGACGUUCUCAACCAACCCAUUGAUUAUGAGGGCUUCCAGCUCUUCAUGACCACUUACCUGGAGAAUGACAUCCCAGAGGAGCUGUGUCAGCACCUCUUCACCUCCUUCAAGAGCAAAACAGGAGGCUGCUCUCCCGACCAGUCUCGGGCAGGAACAAGCUUACUGGAGGCCCGCUCCAUUGACGCAGGCAUCUCUAUUCAGACUGAAGUGGCCUGUGCCCCCAUUACAGGGAUGAACGGGAAGAGCAUCCUGUCUGCGAUGGGCCGACACACGCCAGAGCACUCCAGUGUGAUGAGCACAGCGGGCUCAGGAGCCACCACCUCCCCUUGUUCAUCUCGCUCCUCCUCGCAGCGUUCAGGGACAGGGGCCCACACACCUGGGGGGCCCCACCGAUCCCCCUGCACCCAGGUCAAAACCUCAGAGGGCAGCAGCAGCAAUGCACUGACUCCCAACGCUGGUCCUGCCAGGUCACCGGUGUCCCCCAAACUCUCAUCAGAGAGGAGCCACUCUGAGAAGCACUUGUCAUUGCGGAGGAGCCCGUCGCCCCAGAAAGGCUCCUCCCUGCCGUCGCCCCAGGUGGUGUUCCUCAAGGACAUCGUCUGCUACCUGUCCCUGCUGGAGAGGGGGACGCCGGAGGACAAGCUGGAGUUCAUGUUCCGGCUCUACGACACAGACGGCAACGGGGUUCUGGACAGCUCGGAGCUCGAUCGCAUCAUCAAUCAGAUGGUCCAUGUGGCAGAGUAUCUGGAGUGGGACUCAACAGAGCUGCGACCGAUACUGAAGGAGAUGAUGGAGGAGAUCGACUACGACAGAGACGGGACGGUCACACUGGAGGAGUGGAUCAGAGGAGGCCUCACCACCAUCCCUUUACUGGUCCUGCUGGGCAUGGAGACGAACGUACAGGAGGACGGGCAGCAUGUUUGGCGUCUGAAGCACUUCAACAAACCAGCCUACUGUAACUACUGCCAUACCAUGCUGCUCGGAGUACGCAAGCAGGGCCUCAGCUGCUCCUUAUGCAAGUACACAGUGCACGAACGCUGUGUGUCCAAAGACAUCGCCGCCUGCAUCAGCACCUACGCCAAGUCACGUAGACACACCAACGCUAUGCAGCAUGUGUGGAUGGAGGGAAACUCUCCGACAAAGUGCGACCGCUGUCACAGAAGCAUCAAGUGUUACCAGGGCCUGACGGGGCUGCACUGUGUCUGGUGUCAGAUCACUCUCCAUAAUAAGUGUGCAUCUAAUGUGAAGCCUGAGUGUGAUGGAGGCGCCUUGAGGGACCACACUCUGUUGCCCUCGUACAUCUGCCCCGUUGUCUUGGACCGCCAUUCUGUGGUGAAGCGUGGUGAGGGCGAGUCACCACCGAGCACCAGCCCUGAUGACAUCAAUCAGACUUUCAAAUUCUCCCCUGGAGACGGACAGGCGCUGCAGAUCACUCCUCUGCCAGGUACUCACCCGCUCCUGGUGCUGGUCAAUCCCAAGAGUGGAGGCAGGCAGGGAGAGCGGGUCCUGAGGAAGUUCAGGUACCUGUUGAAUCCCAGACAGGUGUACACUUUGGACCAGGGGGGACCGAUGACGGGGCUCAACUUUUUCCAUGAUGUCCCUGAUUUCCGGGUGCUCGCUUGUGGAGGUGACGGCACUGUGGGCUGGAUCCUCGACUGUAUAGAUAAGGCCAACUUUGCCAGGCACCCUCCAGUGGCCAUCCUCCCUCUGGGCACAGGGAACGACCUGGCACGCUGCUUACGCUGGGGAGGAGGUUACGAGGGCGGCAGCUUGCUGAAGUUCCUUCGAGACAUCGAGCACAGCAUAGAGGUGGUGCUGGACCGCUGGAACAUCGACAUUGUCCCCGAUGACAAGGAAGAGAAGGGAGACCCCGUCCCCUACAGCAUCGUCAACAACUACUUCUCUAUCGGAGUGGACGCCUCCAUCGCCCAUCGCUUUCAUCUGAUGCGGGAAAAGCACCCUGAGAAGUUCAACAGCAGGAUGAAGAACAAGCUCUGGUACUUUGAGUUUGGCACCACUGAGACCAUCUCUGCCACCUGCAAGAAACUUAACGAAUGCAUCGAAGUCGAGUGCGACGGUAUCAUCUUGGACCUCAGCAACACCUCCUUAGAGGGCAUCGCUGUGCUCAACAUCCCCAGCAUGCACGGCGGCUCCAACCUGUGGGGUGAGACAAAGAAGAGGAGGAACUACAACCGCAUGAGCAAGAAGGUUCCUGACAGGAUGCCAGCCAGCACCGUCACAGACGCUAAAGAGCUGAAAUUCUGCAUGCAAGAUUUCAGCGACCAGCUGUUGGAGGUGGUCGGCCUGGAGGGGGCGAUAGAGAUGGGACAGAUCUACACUGGACUGAAGAGUGCCGGCCGCAGACUGGCUCAGUGUGCUAACGUCACCAUCAGGACGUCCCGGCGGCUGCCCAUGCAGAUCGAUGGCGAGCCAUGGAUGCAGCCGCCCUGCACGAUCAGGAUCACACACAUGAACCAGGUCCCCAUGUUGCUGGGCCCGCCUCAGAAGACGCCGUUCUUCUUCUUCAAGAAACGCAACCGGAGCCGCGACUAGGACCCGUGCAUGCACACAGAAACGCACACAUAUACAGUACACACACACACACACACACACACACACACACACACAUACACACACACGCCCACUGUACAGGCAGCUCCAUCAGAGGACUUGGAGUUUGAAAGUGGGAAGCUCAAUGGGAUCAUGUUGUGGAACAUUCCUAACGUCAGGAUGCCUACAGACGAUUCACUCCCAGAGGAAGCUGCAGUGAUGGCACCCGAAAUGAACUCUCAGUAUACAGUACCGACUUAUUCCUGUGUAACCAUCCUCCUCUAGUCCUCUAGUCCUCUAGUCUUCGUCCCAGCCAUGGAUUUAGCUGCAACAGCCAGGUCUCUCAGCCCAAGCCGCCCCCUGCCCAAAAAAACUCAGCCAUAAGCCAGUACUGCACUGCCCACUAAAUAUCCUACAGCCCUGGCUGCUGGGCUUCCUUCGCAGCCCAGAAUGAGGAACAGGAAGUGAUAGUUUGUAGGAUGAGAAAGAAAGAGCUCCAACACACUACACUGAAGAGCGGCAGUGAUCGUGGUUGUUUACAAGGCCGGUGAGUAAAUAGAGUAAGAUCCACCUCUUCGUUAAAACACCUGUAUGAAUAAUGAAACAGCGGUGGCUGGUAAGAGCGCUCGCUGCAGGGCCUCCCCCACAGACUGACAGCACGGUACAGCCGAGCGGAGGAAAAGCCUCAUCCAUUAUUGACUGCUUUUGUUUGUGGGUUGAUGGCAGCGGGGCGUAGCAGUGGCCUGGAAUGGGCUGAAACAUGCAGGGAUUUUUGUCCCCUUUAGCAUCACUGGCCUAAAAAACAGACCCUUUAACACAAUAUUCAGAGACUGGGGAGAUGAUCCGGCUGCAGACUUCCGUCAGAGGAAGUUUCUGUUCAGCUGUGCACAGUUAUGGCUGCACAAAUUGAGUCUAGAUUGGAAGUAGAGAUUGGAGAAACUGUAGAUGCUUUCUUAAAGCUCCAGUGUGUUGGACUGAGGGGGAUAUGAAAUGGAAUAUAAUAUAAUAAGUGUGUUUUCAUUUGUGUAUAAUCAGCUGAAAAUAAGAAUCACUGUGUUCUUGUUACCUCAGAAUGAGACGUUUAUAUCUACAGAGGGAGCAGGUCCUCGUCUACAGAGAUCACCGUGUUGCAACGCCGUGUUUCUACAGUAGCCCAGAACAGACAAACCAAACACUGGCUUCAUGUUUUCACCUGGAUGUCAUGGCACUUCUGAGAUGACUAAGUCAGAAAAACACAGAUUUUUUUCAGAUUUCUCUGUGGAUAAUUCAGCUCCUUAUAAAAACCUCCUGACCAGCAGGGGCCGGCUGCACAAAACACCUUAAGUCCAACAUCAAAGAACUAGUGGCGACGAAAGCCAACUGUUGCGUCGUCUACGUCGCCUCACGUCGCCCUGUGUCAGCUGCAUUUGAACACACUACACGGACUACAUCCGACGGCCAAGUAGCACGUACGUUCUGCGCCUGCGUGAGAGAGAGCGGAGUGAGAGAGUGGUACAUCCUGUCAGCCGAGGGGUUUCCUAUCUGUGCAGCCGAGCACCGCAGCACCUCCACGGACUAUUACAUCCAGACGGUCCCGGUGUUUCCUCCUCAGGCUCCACUUCACUCAGCUGCCCGAUAAACCCGCUGCUUCUUCCCACUUUAACCUGAAUAACAAACCAGGGCUCGGUGCUCCGGUUGGAUCCAAACGGAGAGCCGGGGCUAGCUCAGAGACUAGCGGAGGCUAACUGGCUGUGCUUCCCUCCGGUCAUGCUGCGGCUAACGCUCCGCUAGCCGCUCCCAGCUAGCUCCGGUUUGUUAUUCAGGUUAAAGUGUGAAGAAGCAGCGGGUCUGUGGGGCAGCUGAGUGAAGUGGAGCCUGAGGAGGAAGCACCGGUUAGCCCCGGUUUCACUACAGGCAGAUUCACUCGCUACAGGGGCGAGGAAAUAAAACCUGAACAGCCAAUCAGAGUGAUCUCUCUCACCGACAAGCUCCGCCGCCGAUUCAACAUACUCAAUCGGCCAAAAAGCCGCCGACGCCGAACUUUGGUCGACGGCCGACCGUCGGCUUGGUGUGUCAGGGCCUUUAAGUUUUUCUCCUUAUCUCUUUCUCUCUUCUACUUAAGGACUUACUUAAAGUUUGUUAACUGUUAGCAACCAAAGUAAGGAAAAAAACAUAAGGUCUCUCUGACUGCAUCUUAACGGCAACAUGGCUGAGUUUAUGGAGAUAAAUAAGGAAAGUGAACGUGUCCCGAGAGGAGUGGGAGAACCCCAUGGACACUCUUAAUGAUAAGUAAUUGAUUUUGCACUAAACAUUUGACCAGAGGUCUGAAGUUGGAUCAGCUGCGCUCCUCCAGCCCCGUUACAAUUAAUGAUUGCUCUGCAGUUUUAUGCAGUUGGUCUUUCCACUCAGUUAUUGGCGAGGUGUUUCAUGUACACAAGUCAACGGUGUGCCGCGUCACUCACCAGGUUUCAAACGCCCUCACCGUCUGCUGAACACUUUGUUGAUGUUCCCAUCUAAUGUUGCAGUUUCCUCCAUUACUUGCUUCAUGUUCACUCGUUUUCAGAUCAAAUUGACUUUUCAGUUUGUUCUUUCUUUUAUUGGAUUCCUCUGAUAGUCUGAUUUUUUCUUCCUGUGACCAGUUUGGUUUUCGUGUCUUCUUAUCGUCUGCCAUUUUUUUUAAUAUCAGACCAACUUUGCAACAGGAUACUCAGGUCAGACAACAUUUAGACUGGGCUAUCACAAGCACACAUUCAAGCAAACAAAUGGUCUCCAUGGAAAUCGUUUUAGUUUUCGGUGCAGUUAAUGACUUAAUGUCUUUCCUUGAUUAAGGAAACCUUUUAAGAGAUUCUGUGCAACACCCUUAAGUAAUUUCCUUAGCUAAGGAAAAACUAAACUUGAAGUAUAGUACUUAAGGAGCAGACUUACGGUGUUUGUGCAACCGACCCCUGGAUCUUAAAAAAGGUGAGCACACACAGCAGGUUUUGGGCUGAUUUUUACCAUGAAACUGCUUCAUUUUUAUGUUCGUCUUUACCGUUUCUAAUCACCUGAUCUGCUUGUUUUGGAGAGGAAGAAACUUGUGGAUAAUUCGGCUCCUGGUCAAAACCUCCUGACCAAUGAACACUGAAGGAAUUCUAACCAGGAGAAGUUUCAGCUGGUUGCAAUCUGCUGUUGUCACUGCUCAACGCCACUAAAUCCCCGUGAAUCUUACACACUGGUUCUUUAAGAAACAAAUUUAUCCUCUGUGGUUGGUGAGCUUUAUCGGCUCCUGUGCAUCAUGAAGACUCUUCUAGUGGGUCAAGGUUUGAAAUAAAUCCCCUCAGGGCAAUAACAGCAGGGCCCGCUGGGUUUUUAUUUACCAGAGCACUGACAGGGGAACUAAAUUUAUCCCUCUAUUUCAGGGAGGGUCCAUCUCUCCUCCAGUGAAACCCUAUGCCUAAUUACCGUGUCAAACAUCAGCUCACAAUGUCAAGUGUGCUGUCGGAGUGCAAAUCCCAGAGUGCAGAUCCCUGCCCCUUCUGCUUUAAUGCAUCCACCGUUUAUUUAACUGUACACCAAAUAAAGACGUGAUGGUACUGAAGGAAACAGAAACAGACUGAAGAUGGACGAAGCAGGGAGCUUAGUUCAGUGUUUAUAAAGAAUGUAUCCAUAUUACUGCCCCCACAAUACGGCAAAUUAUAUUAUACAGUGUGUGCAGACAGAGUAUAUGUAUAUUUCUGGAAGGUAGGAGUAGCUCACAUAUACUGUACACACGAAUGUGUUUUUAAUAUAUCAUUGUUAUUAAUGUGGAAAUCUUAGCAUAGAGGGGCUCAGAUCAGUGUUCUCACCGUGCAGAGCUGCUGCGGUCCGUCUCUCUCUGAAGACACUUUCCCACUUUGUCUAAUUCACAUCGUUUUAGAGUUCUGGGUUGUUUCCUCUUCUGUCCUCAGACUGUAGAAGAAGCAGGAAGAGCAAAUGCAUCAGCAUCGUGUGUGUGACGAAAUAAUCUCACGGUUCGUACAUGGUCUCCUUCAGCGAAUCAGGCUAACUUGUAUAUCCAACAUAGUUUCACUCCAAAGUCGUUGAAAACCGGCGCUUGGUCAGUGACUUCCAGGGUCAUGGCAGCAUAUCACGACACAUUCCUGACACUGCAGGGUGGGAAACAUGUUAGCAUGCUCCUUCCACCACCAUCAAACCUCCAAAGGAUCCUCCUUGGGUGUCUUGAACUCCAUGUAGGCGCAGAGGGAGCUGUGGGGUCCUCUGUAGGGUGUCUGGGCUCAGCCUUAGAGAUAGGGGGAGGAAUCAGAUAUCUGGGGGAGCUCGGAGUAGAGCCGCUGCUCCUUCAUGUUGAGGUGGUUCAACAUCUGAUCAGGAUCCUCCUGGUCCAACUGGUGGGAGGCCCCGGGGCAGACCCAGAACACACUGGAGGGAUUAUAUAUCUCAUCUGGUCUGGGAACGCCUCGGGGUCCUCCAGGAGGAGCUGGAAAGCGUCGCUGGAGAGAGGGCCGUCUGGGCUGCUUUGCUUGGCCUGCUGCCCCUGAGACCUCGCCCCAGAGAGUUCAUUUUUACCCAGGAAUUUAUAUAUAUACAUAUUUAAAUCCACAGCUUUUUGCGUGUACCUGCGGCUACCCGACCUGGUGCAGGACUCUGCCACAAGUGGGGAAUGAACUUCCAAGAAAACGUAGUUGUCUUCAUGUUAAAACUCAAGCAAUCUGAUGUGAGUUAGACGUCGGUGGGAAACUGUCUUGCACCCUGCUGUAAAGUGUUCACAGUGCGGGGCAGAGAGAGACUGCUGACAUGCUCUGAUGGUACAAACUGAGCUCCACUGUAGGGUCGGGCGUUCACGCCUUUACACCCUGUUUCCCUUUAAAACACACUGAGUGUUUACUCUUGCACCCAGGCCCCAUGAAACCAGACAGGACGUCCAGCAGAUCCUCACACACUGUAGAUAUUUACCCACACAGCAUCAACAUCACCUGGUACACAGUUCAGGUCAGUCGCUGUCGCCUGUCUCAGAGGUUAAUGUUUAACUACACACCAACUGAAAGCCAUUAAACAUAACCGGCGUCACGACGUCACUGUGGGAACGUCACAGGAAACACAUCGUCAUCAGUGUCUCUGUAAAUGGAGCCUGGGCGCUAAGAGGACUCGGUGGGAAAAGAGUGCAUGUUUACAGUAACUUUACAUUUAUUGAGAGAUUUGUUUUAGACAGCUAUAUUACCAAGUGUAUAUAUUUGUUUAUAAUAUUUUAUCUGAAGUUACAUCACCGCAUGCCUGCUGAAACAAACGGAGUGAACAGGAGAGUGUGAAUCAGACUAUUCAAACUUAUUUCUUUGCUUUAAAACUCCAUUUAUCUAUUUAUUUGUUGUGGUUUUCAGUUUUUUCUCUUUUUGGCAGCAUGUUAUUAACCAUGUGAAAGAAAAGGCGGGAUGAAGCUGUCUUGUUCCAUUAAAGAGAAAGCAGAAUUCCCAGAUGAAGUUUCUACCAUUACAACAUCCGUCUGUGAUUUAUUGUGGAAUCAAAGGGCCGCAACAUGAACGCCCACACAGCCCGUCUCACUGAAUUCCCCAAUAUGUGUCACGGUUCAUGUCUAUUCCUGUCCUUUGAAGUAAUCAAUUGCCUCAACAAAUAAAUGGACCCGCUCACAGAGACACAGAAAAGUAGAACUCUCAUAGAAACAAUGAUUAAUUGUAGAGUGCACUCAAACAGCCAGAGAGGAAUUGCUUUAACCUGACUGUCACCAGCCAACCUGCAGCGUUCAGACAAACAAAUACAGACAGUUUUUAUCAGUGUUUGGCAGCACAGUCAUUUUUGAGUCAUCCUCACCUUCAGUCAGCAGCAGAGGUUGGUUUCCAUCAUGGUAACGCACUGAUGUGAUUUACUGCCACUGAGAAGGAGCUGAUAUCUGCGUCCGUCUUUAUCUGCAGUUUCCUGAGGCAAGUUGUUUUUAAAAA